AACAGACCGCCGAUAUAAAGCAUUUUCUAAACAAUGGAUGAUUUAAAAGCUAAACUCGGCGACAUGGCCCACGUGGUUGCCCGCAAGGCGACAAACACGGUGGAAGAUAUCAAGAGCGGUGACGCCGCGCACAUUAUAGCGCGGAAAGCGAAAAACACUGGUGAAGACGUGAAGCACUUUGCCGAGGGUGUGGGCGAGAAGCUGAAGCCGGCGACGGACAAGAUUGGGGAGGUUGCCCACCAGACUUACGAAUCCGCCAAACCCUCUCUCGACAAGGCGGGUGCCGCUAUUAGCGGGGGUGCUCACUCGGUGGCAGACAAGUUUAAAGACAUGACAAAGUAAUGCUUUGGGAGUGACCGGUGCCACUUGAUGAGCUCUCUUCGUGAGAGACUCUGGGCUUGCGGCGAGUCCAAAUUCUUUCUGGGGAUGCUGAUUGUCGUCAAAGCUAUGCAAUUUCAAAGUGGAACAAGCAAGUGGGAGUUGUUUUACUACCUUUUGCUGUACGUGGGGUCUGUGAGCGUUCAGGCUAUAUUCAUUUAAUUACGGGGGGCAGACGUAGGACGAAUCGUAACAGCCAACCUUGGGGAAGGGAAAGAGUAGACAUCUACGGAACAUGUUCUUUUUUGCAUUGUGUUGUAUGUCUUCUGCCUUUAAGUGAGCUUGUUUCGAAGAAAUUCAAGAGGGGGAAGCGAGAAGCGGAACAACUUUUUCAUGUUGAUGGUUAGCUACUCGUGACAAAAUAAUUCAAAUCUCAGAAUGGACCACGAAAGAAAAGGCCGAAUAUUGGGAGCAA